AUGCCAUGUGCUCCCUGGAGAAGCUUGGCAUUGUUGUCUCCAUAUCUUUGCAGUGCAUCACCUGAGAGUUGCACGGCAGACGUUGUGAAAGCAGUUCGUUCAGCCCCCUCCUUGCUGACGGUGAGUCAAAAUUUGCAGAGGAAAGCUCAGGGCCGGAAUACAACAAAUCAGAAACGGGCUGAGCCAAGUGACGACUUGGCUGCUACGCUGGAAGAUGCGCUGCAGUGGGAAAUCCGCCAAAUCGAGAAAUCCAUGGGAGAACAAGGAGAACAGCAACCCAGCAGAGUGAUGGGUGUUGUCCUCAAUGGCAAAGAUGAUAUUCGCAUGUUGCGCGGUGCUCUCUCCAUUGGAUUCUUCGGCGUCGGUCUGCUUUUUUCAGUAUUUUGCUUGUGGCGGAAGUUGGUGCCAUGGGUUUACAUUCGAGAGGCUGACUUGGAGCUGGCUCCCAUAGCUUCAGAUGUAUCCCCGGGCACGGCCGCGAGGCAUUUCGCAGAUCCGCAUGUGACCCUUUCGAUUGGAUCAAGAAAGUGCGGCAAACUACACCGGAAGACGAGAUCAGCGCAGCUGGCUUGGAUGGAUGGGCAUUUCUGGAAUUUCGCCGCCUCAUUUGGAGAAUAUUUUUUGUCAUAG